AUAACUUCGCGUCAAUGUUUUUCUCUCUCCCACGAAAACAGUAAUUAUUGUAUGUUUCUAUACGGGAUUAUAUAUAUCCACACGCUGCAAUUUUAUUAAUGAAUUUAUUUAACUUAUUUUAAGUGCAUUUUUCUAUGUGUUGAUCUUUCUAUCUCGGACUGUUAUUUUUUCUAUCGCUUCUGUUCUCGUCUAUUUUGGAUUUUCGAUCUUGGAGAAGUGAAAACUAAUGCCAGCCAGAUAUAGGUCCACACCAUGAGCAACAGAAGCUUUUUGGAUGACUUUUUGAAGAUAUGACAUAUAUAUUGGUUUUAUUCGCUCUGCGCUUAUGGCUUGCACGUGUUGAUGCGGAUGUAGUGAAGUCAGUGUCAGUGAUGGAGGGAGACUCUGUCACUCUUCACACUGAUCUUGCUAAAAACCAGACAGACAUUACAAUAACAUGGAGUUUUGGACUUGAAGCGACUCGUAUAGCUGAUAUCUUAAAAAGGGAUCAAAUGAACCAUUUCUUUGUUAGUAAGGAUGGGAUAUUCAGAGAUCAUCUACAUUUGGACAAUCAGACUGGAUCUCUCACCAUCACAAACAUCAGAACUGAACACACUGGACUUUAUAAACUAUUUAUUAGCAGGGACAAGGUCUCAUUUUUUGUUUUUAAUGUUACUGUACAUGCUCGUCUGUCUGUUCCUGUCAUCAUCAGAAACUCUUCUCAAUGUUCUUCAUCAUCAGAAAGAUCUUCAGUGUCAAAAUGUGUGUUGUUGUGUUCAGUGAUGAAUGUGACACAUGUGAGUCUCUCCUGGUACAAAGGAAACAGUUUAUUGUCCAUCAUCAGUGUGUCUGAUCUCAACAUCAGACUCUCUCUACCUCUGGAGGUGGAAUAUCAGGAUACAAACACAUACAGAUGUGUCAUCAACCAUACCAUCACAAACCAAACUCAACAUCUGGACAUCAACAAUGUCUGUAAAUCAUGUUCAGGACUCAUGAUGAAGCCACACUGGGUGGGAAUCACAGUUUUUAUUGUAAUGCUGGUUAUGACGACUGCAGCUCUGGGUAAUGUGGUUUCUCUACUACAGGAAAACUAGACACAGAG